GUUGACGUUAGCGACUGCCUUAGUGUGAAACUGUGGGUUGCGACAGGGCACAGGGCUUGUAUCUGUGCAAGGGAGAGGGUGAGGGUGUGUUUGGUAGUGCUUUAUCGUUCGAUGAUCUCUUUUUGAAACAAAGAGAGGCUCUGUGCUACCCACAGAGAUUCGAAAAGGGUUCCGAAGUGGAGCGCUCGAAAGGGAAUUCGCUGAGCAGAGAGGGAGCAGUAGAGGGUGGUAAACGUCAAUCGUCUGUCAUGUCUGCGGGAUGUUGUGGGACCAAGAAACAAAAGACGGCCAGCUCGCCGUCAUCUUCGUGCAACGGCACGGACGAUGGCGGUGGAAGCUCAUCCGGCAGUAAUACCCAUUUUGCUCAGGGGUCUUCUUCAUUGACUGGACUGAAUCAUCACUCUCAUCUGACCAAUGGGCAUUCGAAAAAUGGAACUGUGGCCCAUCCUGAGAUGGGUUUCUACUGUUUCGACAUUCUCUAUUCUCACUUGCACAGCUCAGAGCCUCCAAAAACCCCAAGAUUCACCAAUGAUGAAUACCCACUAUUUGUCACAUGGGCCAUUGGGAAGGACAAGAGGCUCCGUGGUUGUAUAGGAACAUUUAGCGCAAUGAAUUUGCAUUCUGGUCUCAGGGAAUAUGCAGUAACAAGUGCAUUCAAGGACUCUAGGUUUAGCCCAAUAACUGCCGAUGAACUGUCAAAACUUCACGUCUCUGUGUCCAUUUUGACCAACUUUGAGGACGCCGAAGAUCACAUGGAUUGGGAAGUCGGCACCCACGGGAUCCGAAUUGAAUUUCACUCGGACCGUGGCUCCCGACGCACUGCCACUUACUUGCCGGAAGUUGCCACCGAGCAAGGAUGGGAUCGCAUUCAGACAAUUGACUCUUUACUGCGUAAAGGUGGAUUCAAAGGUUUAGUUACCCAGGACGUUCGUCGCAAUAUCAAACUUGUUCGGUACCGCAGCGAAAAAGUAUCUGUUUCUUGGCAAGAUUACUGGACUCACUGGAAAAACAAUGGCAAGUCAUAAAAGAAAAGAAAAUUUGCUAUUAUAUAGCGGCUUUCAUCAACACCUCUUUCACAUAACAUCUCUCGUUACCCCAACGAAAGUAGCGAGAUUUUUAUCAACAGCCAAUUUAAUUUGAAGCUGCGUCUCGUGGACUGCUUACCGUAGAAUGAUCUGCACACACAAUUAAUUAAAAUAAAAUCGAUGAAAUCCUGUAGUAUGGCCAAAGAAAUAAGGGCGUAAUAACUUCAUUUGUCUCGUGUGUGAGUGUCCAGCUGGAUAAAUAAAACUUUUACGGAUGGUGUGGAACGAACUGCCACGUGCCUCAA